AAAUAAUUUGAAAUGAUUUUUUUAUUUAAAUUAAAAUUAAAAUUUUUAUUUUAAUUUUUAAUUUAAAUAAAAAAAAUCAUUUCAAAUUAAUUAGGCAAAGCACUCGAAUAUCCCGACUAUGAAUUCCCAAGAAGCAGUAGAAGUCUACGUACGAAAGAAACAAGGAGAACCAUGGAGGAACUCCUCAGCAUGGGCUUCUCCCAGGAGAUCGCCUCCCAAGCCCUCGCCGCCACCGGCGGCCGUUCCUCCCUCGAAGCCACCGAGUGGAUUCUCUCCCAAACCCCAUCCUCCUCCCCCUCCUCCUCCAAACCCUCUUGUCAUUCCCCCACCUUCCAACCCAGCCUCGACCGCUUCUUCCUCUCCAACAACAACGAACCCCACUCCAAACGCCCCCGCCGCUCAGCCGCCGCCCCCGCCCCCUCGGCCCCCGUCGUCCCCGCCACCCCUGCCACCGGUGCCCCCUCCGCUACUGCCUGCCCUCCUACUGCCCCUCUCUCCGAGCGCAUGCGCCCCGCCACCCUCGACGCCAUCCUCGGCCAGGACCACCUCCUCGGCCCCGCCUCCCUCCUUCACUCCGUCAUCCGUCCCCCCGCAACUGCCGCCGCCGUCCUCCCUUCCUUCAUCCUCUGGGGCCCUCCGGGCUCCGGCAAGACCUCCCUCGCCCGCGGCCUCGCCGUUGCCCUCCCCCAGUCGUCCCACCGCUUUGUCCCCCUCUCUGCCGUCGCCGCCGGCGUUCGCGACCUCCGUGACGCCGUCGAUGCCGCCCGCCGGGCCCGUCCCCUCGGUCGCCGCACCGUCCUCUUCGUCGACGAGAUCCACCGGUUCUCCAAGUCCCAGCAGGACUCCUUCCUCCCCGCCAUCGAGGACGGCUCCAUCAUCCUCGUCGGAGCCACCACCGAGAACCCCUCCUUCCACCUCACCACCCCGCUCCUCUCCCGCUGCCGAGUCCUCGCCCUGCACCCCCUCAAGCCCCACCACGUCGAGGCCCUGCUCCGCCGAGCCGUCUCAGACCCUGAGAAAGGUCUCCAGGUCACCACUCGAGUUCCCGUCUCGGUCGAUCAAGAAGCCCUCGAAUUCCUCUCUCUCCACUGCGACGGCGAUGCUCGUGUUGCCCUAAACGCACUGGAGAUUGCAGCCACAUUGGCCGUCGACCGGCAAUCGAGCCUAGACGACAACGGGAAUAUCACGGUGACCGUCGACCAUGCGAAGGAGGCCAUGCAAUGCAAGCACUUGGCAUAUGAUCGAGCAGGUGAAGAGCACUACAAUUUGAUCAGUGCCCUACACAAAUCAAUGAGGGGGAGCGACCCUGAUGCGGCAAUCUACUGGCUUGCGAGGAUGCUGGAGGGAGGGGAGCAGCCGCUGUACAUUGCGCGCCGGCUAGUCCGGUUUGCUAGCGAGGAUGUGGGGCUCGCAGACCCCGCUGCACUCGGCCAUGCUGUUGCAUGCUACCAGGCGUGCCACUUCAUUGGUAUGCCGGAGUGUGAUGUGUGUCUUGCGCAGUGCGUGGCCUACUUGGCCCGGGCGCCCAAGUCAGUGGCGGUGUACCGAGCACUGAAUGAGGCGAGGAGGGUGGUGAAGGAGUCCGGCGGGGGGAACGACGGCGUGCCGUUGCAUUUGAGGAAUGCACCCACAAAGCUGAUGAAGGAAAUGGGGUAUGGGGAAGGUUACAUGUAUCCUCCUGAUCACCCUGGUUGUUCGUUGCAGACAUAUCUGCCGCCAUCCCUUCAGGGUUGCAAGUUUCUUGACUGGCCACCUAUCGAUGAAAAGCGGCAAUGAGUUCGGGUAUGCUCGAAAUUGGCUUUUCUGCUUCCGGUCUUUCCUUCAUGGUGGUUUCUUAUAGAAUUUAUGAUCAGCUUGCAUUUUUUUGGCUUGUUCGCAUUUUGGAACCUAUUUAGUUAUCUCUCGCAGGAUCUCAGUGGGGUAAUUUGCAGUAUGCAAGUUUUGAGCCCCCUUGUCCUGGUAUUGUUGGUGAUGAUGCUUUUACCAUUGGUGUGAUGAAGUGUAAUCUAUAAUUAUGCAACCUUUUUUCUUUUUUUUUGCAAGCCUUAGCUACUAAAUAGAUCAUAUGGUUCCCUUCUCCACUAGAGGGCUCUUGUCACAAAAAUGAACUUCUAACUAAAUUAUUUUUGUGCAUAAUGGAU